AUGGUUACAGCUCUGUCAGACUCCGAUGAAGCCCUUUACGCCGAUUCGGACCCUUCAAACUUUUCUGAAAGCCCUCGACCAGCAAAACGGCGACGUGUAUACAACCCUCCCAUAUCUUCCCCUACGGGCAUAAGUAGCCAGGCCGAGGAGGCGGAAGAAGAAGAGACAGGGGAGGAUAGCGUUAAUGACAACGAUGGAAUUGAUAUAGGUCUCAGCGGUGAAUCGCAGAAGGAUUCUGAUGAUGAAUCUGAUGAUGAACUGCCAUCCCAAAAGGGCUCUACCCACAAAACCAGGAAGGAAUCGGCAAAGCAGCCUGCGAACAAUCCUAAAGUAUACCAACCCAAAUAUUAUACUAACCAGGAGCCGACUUUUGUUACGCAGUUAACUCAGCCCUCAUCAAGUCCUUCAAGGAUCCGUGGUCCACGAUGGAAGAAGCCCCAGCCCCAACCCCAACCAUAUCCUCCAAAAACAACAAGGCUAGUUCCUACCCCUCCUCCCAUCUCUUCUCAGGUGGGAUCGGAUAAUGAUUCUGGUAACCAGAAAGAGGAGGAUGGCUCAGAUGAAGAUAUUAAGACAGCCAUCCGUGAAUCCCUUAAAUCUCUAAAGGAGGAGACAUCAGUUAGUAGGACAAGGAUAGCCAAUCGCAAUGCAGAUAGUCCCCGGCCAAAGAAUCAUGUUACCUCUUCCCCAGCAGCAACAGACAAUCGACUGGAUUUGGCCGCGCUAGGAUUGGACUUUGACCCUAAUGAUAUCCCGGACGUGUUUGACUCAUCUCCAAUAUCCUCUCCUCGUCAAGCACAUAAGAAUGGGACACCAAUAAAUCCACCCCAGGCAGCAUACCAAUCAUCACAGAGGCGACAAACAAGCUCCCAACAACAAAGCUUUCGUCAGACUACGUUAUUUGGUGGUAUUGCAAGGAAUCAAUCUCCAUCCCAAUCGGUCUCGCGGUCUUGGCCCCUAGCCAGCCAAAAUGAGGCUCCGACACAUCAUACCCUCAACCCCGAAGCUUUGGGGACUUGGAUUUUCCCGAUGAAUCUGGGGAAGAAACGUGACUAUCAGUAUAAUAUUUCUCAGCGUGGCCUAUUUCAUAAUCUUCUUGUUGCCUUACCAACCGGCUUGGGAAAGACGUUUAUUGCUGCAACUGUUAUGUUAAACUGGUUUCGAUGGACACAGGACGCUCAGAUUGUAUUCGUUGCCCCAACAAAACCAUUGGUCUCCCAGCAGGUUGAUGCAUGCUUUAAUAUCGUUGGAAUUCCUCGCUCUCAAACCACAAUGCUUACCGGAAACGUGCCUCCCGGCUUACGAGGAUUGGAAUGGCAAUCAAAACGUGUCUUCUUCAUGACACCUCAAACUCUCAUUAAUGAUCUCAAGAGCGGCGUUGCUGAUCCAAAAAGAAUUGUGCUUUUAGUUGUUGACGAAGCACAUCGCGCAACAGGCGCAUAUGUAUACGUCGAGGUUGUGAAGUUCAUACAACGGUUCAAUACUAGCUUCAGGAUUCUGGCGCUAACUGCAACUCCGGGGUCAACUGUGGAAACGGUCCAAGAAGUAAUCGAUGGUUUAAAUAUUUCAAGGGUUGAAAUCCGUACCGAAGAAUCUCUUGAUAUACGAGACAUAUUUACAGUCCUAGCCAGCCUUGCUCAUGCAAUCGAACUUCUUAAGUACCACGGUGUUGGACCAUUUUAUCGUAAUUUGGUAUCCUUUUGUGACGGCCCUACAGAUGGUAGUCAAGGAAAAGGAGGGAAAUACGCACGGCAGAUCUUGGAUGACGGAAAUUUUAAAUCCAUGAUGACUACUUUACGGUCGAAAAUGGCAGACGAGGAUUUUAUUGGUCAUCCUAAGCUGGAGUAUCUCAAACGGGUUAUUUUGAACCAUUUUUUGGACGCAGAUGCAAAUAGCCACGGGGGCGCACCCCCCAAGACUCGGGUGAUGGUGUUCAGCCAUUUCCGAGACAGUGCAGAGGAAAUUGUCAGGGUGCUCAAAAAACACGCUCCAAUUAUACUGCCACAUGUUUUUGUUGGCCAGGCCAGUGCCAAAGGCUCUGAGGGCAUGGACCAGAAGAAGCAGCUAGAAAUUAUUAAGAAGUUCAAGGAAGGAACAUACAAUACCAUCGUUGCUACUUCUAUUGGAGAAGAAGGCCUUGAUAUUGGAGAAGUCGAUCUUAUCAUUUGUUACGAUUCAUCAGCCUCGCCUAUUCGGAUGUUGCAAAGAAUGGGGAGAACUGGAAGAAAACGCACAGGAAAAGUUGUUCUCUUGCUAAUGGAAGGCAAAGAAGAAGAGAAAUACUUCAGAGCAAAGGAUAAUUACGAGAAGAUGCAACAGAUAAUUGCUUCUGGAUCUCGCUUUACGUUUCACGAGGAUAAAUCUCCCCGGAUUAUACCUCGUGAUAUCCAGCCUUGUGUUGAUGAAAAACGAAUCGAAAUACCAAGCGAAAACUCUCAGACUGAGCUACCGGUGCCUACAAAGCGUGGCCGCGUUCCCAAGAGGCCCCCGAAGAAAUUCCAUAUGCCUGAUGGGGUCGAAACAGGAUUUACUAACGCCCUAACUCUGACAAGCAUUGAUAAGAAGCGCAAUAACCGAAAGAGCGUGUCUGAAUAUCGUGAACCAAGCCCAGAGCUUGCAGAACUUCCGCCAUUGAACGAGGUGACCCUUACCCCGAGCCAGACACUCGAGCUGCGGCGAAACUUUCAGACCGUUGCUGGAACUUCUCCACAGGUUAUGCGCUUCCCUCGACUGGAUGUUUACCCUGUUCUCCAAAGAUUCUGUCGGCCAACAGUAGACGUGCCGCAUACGAAUCUGACACAAAAUUUGGCAAAAGCAGCUCGUGAAAUGUCAGAAUACGGUUUCAACUGUGCCGAAAAGUAUGAGCCUUACCUUCCAUCCGAUAUCGAUAAUUGGGAGCCAAGCAAAGGAGUGCCAUCACCAACUUCUGAUAAUGACGAACAGCAUUGUUCUGUUGACACUGAACUUGCCACUAACUCAUCCGACCAGCAACGGGAAAUACGCCGGGACGCUCCGCCCGAGUCCCGACUAUCGUUGAUGUGUACCCAGGCGUCUGGUUCGUUUGGUCUCAACAACGGUAACAUAUAUCCAUCUCAAGAUAGCCCCGACGAUGAUUUCCCUGACAUUGAUCAGUUAUUUGCAGAAUCAUUUGCUGGUAGUGAUCCACUCGCUCAAAAAUCUUCAGCGGAGACUGAAAAAGGUACACCAGCCUUUGCUGUUGGAGCGAGCGAAGAUGCUGCGGGGCAUGUCUUUAGUGAUUAUAGCGAUUUUUCCUUCUAA